UCAUGGACUCCAUGUCUGGAAUUGAUCAGUGGAAGAAUGCUGAGAGUCUAUGGCAGUUAGCACCACCAGCUCAAGUAUUUGUAGAGACGGACCAGACGGUGAGGAAGACAAAAAUUAGAGGUGAGGAAGAAAGAGAGAUAAGAGGUGAGGUGAGGAAAAUAGAGAGAGAGAAGAUAUGAAAUGAAAAGAUGAAAUGACUAAUAAAAAAAAGUAGAUGAAAUGAACGAAUGAGAGAGAGAGAGAGAGCACUGUUAGGUACUUGUUGGCCUAGGUUCAGUAUGACUAGUGAGAUGGGGGAAAACGCUCCCAACAUCGUGAACAGCAACCUGAGCAAGAAAUCCACUGAAGAACAAGAUCAUCUCUCAAGAAGCACCAAGAAACUUAAGGAUAUUGAAGCGAUUGCCAGCGAUUCUAUGGUUGUCGAACCUGUUGGUGACCAGGGGCGAUCGGACCAAUUGGUAAACGAGGGUGUCUCCUCUGUGGAGAACCAUUUUGGGCAUAAUCGUGGUCCAAGAUCCUUCAAGGAAGCACUCACUAAUCUUCGUCCUUAUGAAAGGGCCUUCGACGAUGAUCUGGAUCAUCUGUCAACAGAUGAUGAAGAGCUUGGUGAGGAAGCUUCGGACGAUGAAGAAUAUAUGGAUGAGGGAAUGGAUUUUGGUGUUCCCAGAAUUAAACUCCCUAAGAGUCUCCUGAAUAAAAUUAGGAGGCCUUGGAAGGACUGUUUGAUUAUCAAAUUACUGGGAAAGACUGUGGGUUAUAAACUUGUUAUUACCAAAGUUAGAAAUAUUUGGGAUCUCCAAGGAGAUUUUGAAGCUAUUGAUCUAGGGCUUGGAUACUUUCUUUUUAAAUUUCAAAUGAGGGAAGAUUGUGCUAAAGUGUACAUGGGAGGACCUUGGAUUGUUUUGGAUCAUUAUCUAACGGUUCGAAAAUGGAAGCAUGAUUUCAAGCCCUCUCAAGCCAAGGAAGUUUCAACUGCUAUGUGGAGUUGGCCACAGAAAGGAGAGCUGUAGUGAGGCUCCGAAGAAGACCGCCGGUGGUGUCUCUCCGGCCAAUCAAGAUGAGUAGAAUUUGACCGUUGAAGAUGUUGUGGUUGUCAGUUCCAGUAAGCCCCUAGAUGGGUUGGCUAGCACUGAUGAGAACACUAAGGAGGCCAAUAGGGAGAGUUAUGAACCUUGGAUGCUUGUUAACAGAAGAGGCCCUCGGAAAAAUUUGAUGGGAGGGAGAGAGUCCAAGUUUGGGUCCAAGGGCAAAGCCCACAAGAAAGAUAUGUUUAAGCCCACUCAUUUUAUUCGUGCUACACAUUUAGGGGAGAGUUCUAUUGGCCCAAGCUUGCUGCAUCAAGAUCUUCCCUGUAACGCCCUCAAAAUAAUAACAUUAAACCCAACAUAUAAGACAUGCAUUGAUAUGUAAAAGUUCCAUAUUCUUCCAUUUAUCAGAAUUCUAUUACAUAAGUAUUACAUGUUAACAACAAAA